UUAGGUUAGGUAAGAACAAUAUUAUGCAACAUCGAUAAUUUAUCAUAAUCGAAUAUAUUCGCCCAACACUAAAUUUCAUUUAUUUUUAUUGCAAUAAGCAAUUUGCAAAUUUGAAUUGGAAAGCAGAAAUCAAUUAUUAUAUCCGUAAUUUAAAAAUUGUGAAGCUUUUAUCAUACGUUUCCUUAAAAUGCUGAUAAAAAAGUUGUUAAGUAGAGAAAUUAUUUGUCAUAAAGUAUUUAUAAGAGCAUUAAGCGCUAAACCAUCUUGGGAUAUAGUGACUGGUGUUUGUGUCGAACGCUUACCCGUGGUUACUCCUCCAUUGAAUGAAAUUCAAAAGAAAUACAAGGAUAUGCUAUACAAAAUAGAAAUUGAAAAAAGCCUAAAAUCGGAUCAUGAACUAAGACAUGAAAAUGACAAAGUGCAAGCAGAACUCCUUAAAAAUGAAUCGGCUGAUAUAGACUUUGAUGCAGUGAGUAAAAUAACAGCGCAAGACUUUGAGGAUGCUUGUAACGAAGAAUAUACUCAAUUUAAAUUUGCUAGCAUUGAAACUGAUGCUGACAGAAAAGGCGAUAAAACAUCCAUUGAGAGAUGUUUACAGAGGCAUUUAGUGCUGGUAACACAGUUGAAACUUGGCAAAGAUUUGAAAGAGUUAUUACCGCAAGGACCAUGGAAGGAAGGGGAGACACUGAGACAGACAGCUGAGAGGAUAAUAAAGGAAAAAUGUGGACCAGAACUCCAGGUUCAGUUUUUGUCUAAUGCACCAUGUGGUUUUUACAAAUACAAAUACCCAUCUGAAAUAAAUGGAAAAGUUGGCGCCAAAGUAUUUUUCUAUUACGCUACUUACAAAGCCGGUAGUGCCAGUAAAUCCAAAGUUAAUUGGCUGACGAGGAAAGAACUUGAAGAAACAUUACCAGAAAGGUAUCGCAAGUCAGUGCAAGAUUUCUUGAUUGAAGAAACUUAUUAGUAGCAUCAUUUAAAUAGUCAGUAUGUGUAGAUAAUAUAUUAAACUAAAUUGCGUAUAA